UGCGCCAGUCAGUCAGUCCGCCUCACUGACUCGCAGAACCAGUUGGUUUGGCCCGGCUUCUUCUUCUUCUUCUUCUUCUUCUUCUUUCCAGCCUGCUCACUCUGUGUGUGUCUGCUGCUGCUGCUGCUGUUGUUGUUGCUGCUUGGUGUCAACCUACGCCGACGAGAGAAGAAGACAUAUCCCUCCCUCUCCUCUGUUUGGAGGGCCGCUUCCAAUUUGCCUUCACUUUCCUCCUCUGCCGGCACCAUUGGCUUCCGCGCCGUGCCAGUCAACUCGCCUCCCCCUUUUCUCAGCUCGCACCGAGUUGAGCAGCAGCAACAGCUCGGAAACAUCUGGCCGCCGCAGUAGUGCUACACUCCCCGCACGUCCCCCCUCUCCGCCUGCUCGCCUCAGUCAGCAGCCCUGUUAUGGAAAUUAGUCCAAAGAAGUCGAUCUAGUUUUUUUUUGUCUCGGGACGGAAGAAGAAGAAGAAGAUUUUGACGGAGGAAGCGGGGAAGACGUUGGACCGUGUUGUCUUGUUAUGAGGACAGCAGGAUGGAGUUCCCAGACCACAGUAGACAUUUACUCCAGUGUCUGAGCGAGCAGCGGCACCAGGGCUUCCUGUGUGACUCCACAGUGCUGGUGGGAGAUUCCCAGUUCCGGGCCCAUCGGGCUGUUUUGGCCUCCUGCAGCAUGUACUUUCACCUCUUCUACAAGGACCAGCUGGACAAGAGAGACGUGGUGCACCUCAACAGCGACAUUGUCACAGCCCCGGCCUUUUCCCUGCUCCUGGAGUUCAUGUAUGAGGGCAAGCUACAGUUCCAGGACCUUCCUGUAGAGGAUGUGCUGGCAGCGGCCAGCUAUCUGCACAUGUAUGACAUUGUCAAGGUGUGUAAGAAGCGUUUGAAGCAGAAGGCCACAGCAGAAGCAGACAGCACGCGCAGAGAGGAUGACGGAGGGUCCAGCUGCUCAGAUAAAGCCGACAGUCUAUCAGAUGAUUCUCCGGGCCGGCCUGCCACAGCCGACCUUCUGCACAGCGACGAAGAUGAGGAGGUGAAAACUGAGGGAGGACCGCUGUGGCUGAGGCUGCCGUCUGCAGAGAGACCAGGAACACCAGCCACGGCUACCACCAGCCCAGGGCACGCUGAGGCGGAGAUGCAGAGUGGGGAAAGACUGGGGGAAGGAGGGAAACUGCUCUCCCCUGCCGGCAGUCCAACCAGCUCCACAGGAACCCUCUCACAAAGAUCCCACCGUUCCGUGAGUUCUCGUGGAGGGCAAAGGGGCAGGAGGGUGUCAAAUGAUGCGGCUGACUGUGUCCUGGAUCUGUCAGUCAAGCCGAUUGCUGGUAGCAAUCACAGUAACCAUCACCAGUCCUAUUUCAGCGGGGCAGCUACACCAGACAGCCUCCAAAGCCCAAUGGCUGUUAGAGUGAAGGUGGAGAGGGGUGUGGCUUCAGAUGAGGAAGAGGAACUGGGAGCUGGGGACUAUGACAUGGAGCACAGUGGCAUCACCAAGGCUACGAUUCCGAGCACCAACGGCCUGACCCACCACGGGGUCGGAGGGCCUCUGUCAGCUCAGAGGAGGCUUGGCCUGGAGGCGCACCUGUCCGCUCUGCGAGAGGCUUCUUUGGCCUCAGAGCUGGAGCGGGAGGAGAAGCCUUCGGCCACAGCAGAGGACGAUGACAUACUCGGUGGAGAAAACGAGCGUGCGCAGGCCGAGGCGGCCAGCAUGGAUACUUCCCUGCUGCCCUAUGUCUCCAACAUGCUGUCAGCUCAACACACCCAGAUCUUCAUGUGCCCGCUGUGUAACAAGGUUUUCCCCUCCCCACACAUCCUCCAGCUCCACCUCAGCUCCCACUUCAGGGAGCAGGAGGGCAUCCGCUCCAAGCCUGCCGGAGACGUCAAUGUGCCCACAUGCACCAUCUGCAGCAAGACCUUCUCCUGCAUGUACACGCUGAAGCGCCACGAGCGGACACACUCUGGUGAGAAACCCUACACCUGCACCACCUGUGGCAAGAGCUUCCAAUACUCACACAACCUCAGUCGCCACGCAGUGGUGCACACUCGUGAGAAGCCACAUGCUUGCAAGUGGUGCGAACGGCGCUUCACGCAGUCUGGGGACCUUUAUCGACAUAUUCGCAAAUUCCACUGCGAACUGGUCAACUCGCUGUCAGUGAAAAGUGAACCGCUGGCACUGCCCAAUGUCAGGGAUUGGGCAAUCGAGGACAGCUCCCAGGAACUGUGGAAGUAGAAUCAGACUGCGGGAUUUGAUAAAGGGAAAGAGAGCAAGAGAGAAAGAAGGGCAGAGAGGUAUGGGGAGGUAAAAGGGAGGUGGCAAAAUAAUAUUUUGGUUCAAGUCAUGUUCUUGUGUGUCGCAAAAUCUCAUUCAAUUGCACUUUAAUAGCACAUGAAAAUGUUACUACUGAGUUUUUUGUUGUUGCUGUUGGGGUAAUUUUAUUUCUAUUUUUUUCUGAACUCUAAUUUUUAUUUGACAUAAGUUCUUUUUGGUGUAUUUAAUUGCGUCUGAGGACAUGGGAGCAUGGUCUCGCCUUUUUGAAGAGUUUUCACUCUGUAUUUCAUCUCAGACACAACACUCCGAUGCCGGCCAGCAUAUCAGUCCUAGUUCCACAGACAGCAAACACCACUGCAGGAGUUCAGGUCAAACACACUGAAGUGAAAAAGCAUUACAAUACACUAAACGGGUACUGUGAUCAUCGCGAGUCAAUACCACCACACACACACAACUUAAAAACGUGUGUGCGUGGUGACGCUGCACUACUCUGGCAAAUACUUCACCUGACGUGCGUGAGUGUGUGUGAGUGUGUUUUUUUUUUGUGUAUUAAUUUUAUUUUUUACUGGCAUGGAGGUGUCGUUGGCGAAGCGCUCCCUGCUUCUUGUUAAGCUCUUUGCUGUUGUGUGUUCAGGGGAAAGCUGACUGACAGACAAACUGAUGGCACUCAUGCAAUGCACAGCCUCCUUUUUUCACUUCCUAUCAAUCCGAAGUAUUUUCUACAAAUGAAAAGACCUUUACAAAUUAUUAUAAUAUUAUUAUUAUUGUUAUUAAUAGAUUUUUUUCUUAAAUGUAGCUGGCAGUCUUUAAAACAUCUCUUGUUGAAAAGGUAUUUAAUUUAAAGUUGUUGUAUAUUGUUCUGCUAUAGUUUUAGAACUUUAAUCCGUUACAGUUUUUUUUUUUUUUUUUCAAUUAAUGAUUAUUAUUAUUAUUAUGAUUUUUUGUUACUUUUUUUUGUAAUGGGACCUGCUAUUGUUGCAUGAAGUCCAAACCUGUAUAUUUUAAAAUAGAAAUGUGAAUUUGCUGUAUUACUGUACACAUUGUAAUUGAUCAAAUAUUUGACAAUGGGCUUUCUUUUUCUUUUUUUGUGAAUACUACUCCAGGGUGCGGUCUGUUGAAAACUGAAUUUUAUUCCCAAGACUAUGGGAAAAAUGCAUGAAAAUUUGAUUUUGUCUUAAACUGUUUAAGUUGUGGUUUUUGCAUCAGGGGGGAAAUGUUUGAACAGAACACUUUUGACAGUGAAAGUUUCUUUUCUAUUGUCGUAGGUCUGUCGCUGAGCUCCUAGAAGAAUGUUACCGAAUGUGUUUCUGUCGGAUGUUGAAGCGAUAAGAUGAAGCAUUUUUAAACCUGUGUCUUAUGCACUGAUGUCUCUGCUGUGUAUGUUUGUGUAGUGUGUGUUUGCGUGUGUGUUUAUGAGCGUGUGGUUUGGUUAUUACCGGUCAAUUUAACCUACUGAAGAUCAAUGUCCAUCCAGCACUUCCUCCUGCUCCUCCCUAAGGCGUUGCAUUUCUCCACUGCUGAAUGUUUGUCCUCCUCCUCUCAUGUCUCCGUCCUCUCCAGCUCUAGAUGUGGUCGAGCCAUUUAUAAAAAAAGAAAUUGGCAUGACUUAUUUCAGGUUUGUUGGGCGCAGUUUCAUGGCUCUGACUCUGCAACAGAGUGGAGAAUAAUGAAGAAGAGAGAAAAAAAGGAGAGAGGCUGGAACUUAGCUGUCCUGCUGAAAGUUGAAGGGCCAGAAAUCUUUGUCACACAUGUUAAGCCAAGCUGUGCUGUGCUUAGUUGAGCUGAGUGAAGGCCAUUCUGGAAAAAAAACAACAACCUUACUCUGCACAGUGCAUUUCACAUUAGGAGUGAAUCUGAUAACAUGCUUGUGUGUGUGUGUUUUCCAACAACCCUUCGAUGAGUUAGAUGGAAGAGAAUUGGCAUGCCUGAAUGCACCUUUUUAAGCUAAAAGACAUGAAAUCAGAUUUUUUUUUUGCUGAAAAGAUGCCUUUAUUAAUAUAACAUUUCUGACGCUGUGGAAGUAUUUGAUACUGUAGAGCAUCUGGAAAUAGCUGUUUAAAAUCAUGUAUAAAUUCAUACAUUUUAUUGGAUUUAUCUGAAAAUGAUGUCUUAUUAUAUUUUGAUUAUGUGAUUUGAAGAAAUUUAUUUGACCUUUUUUGUAUGUGAAUGUACAAUUCAACAGUUCAAUUAUCUUUCAGAUCUCCGUAUCUCAAACUUCUUGUCACAAUUUCAAAUAAUGGUUAAGCGUUAAAACAAUCCAAAAACAUUAGACACGGAGAUAAAAGUGAACGCUCCACAUUUCCCCUCACUGAGAUGUGUGUGUUUGUACAUGUGCACGCCCCCGUUGAUGUGCAUGUGGUGGGUGGGGUGGUUGUAUGUGCCGUUCUGUCAUCUGGUGGCAACCACACGCUCUGCCAAUCCAACAGUGCGCGGCAGUUUGCACCGCAUCUACUCAUUUUAAAAUCUUUUUCCUCCGCAAUUUCUUUUUUCUUAUACUGGCAGCAUCACUGCAUAUGGACUCACUCAAUCCUGCUGUUGUUUUCAUCAUUACUGCUCUACUGCUGUUAUUUUCUUCCUCUGGUUCUUCUUGACCGCCUUAAACUGCUGUAGUCCGGGAUGUUUUUUUAUUUUAUUUUUGAAGUGUGAGUGUGGGGUGGAGUUAUGGGAGCAAGAUGCUGUGAAGUAGCCACCCUUAUGAAAACAUCUCCAUUUUUUUGCUGUGCUUACUUGAAAACAAAAAGGGGGGGGAGGGGGCUUUUUUAGAAAAAAAGCAAGGUAUAAGUUAAAACGUUCAAAUUUCCUAAACAAUUUAUGGAAAGGUGGAAGAGGUGGAGGGUGAAAGGGGGCUUGAAAUGACUGAGUCUGUUUGGAAAAAGGACAAUCACUGUCAAGGAGGAAAAAAAACGAGCAGAUUUCAAUUUAAAUCUAUUUGCUCCCCGUUGAGAUUAAAAAUUUCCUUUGCUUUUAUUUGAUGUUCCUUUUUCAGAUUUAGUUAUUUUUAGCUUUGACAAUCAUAGUUGGGUUGAUUUUUUUUAACUCGAGGGGAGCAAAUUCUAAUUGUGUUUAGUUUUGUAAUUUUUUGGUGUGCUGUUGACAUUUUUAAAUUGUGUGCAAACUGCAAUAAAUUAUAAGAAUCUUGAAAUUCA